UUUUCCGACGAAACACCAAAUGGCGGAUGACGCCGGUGCUGCGGGAGGGCCCGGAGGCCCCGGGGGCCCCGGAAUAGGAGGUCGCGGCGGUUUCCGUGGAGGAUUUGGCAGCGGCAUUCGCGGCCCGGGUCGGGGUCGGGGCCGGGGCCGAGGCCGCGGAGCUCGUGGAGGCAAGGCCGAGGAAAAGGAGUGGAUCCCUGUCACCAAGCUGGGCCGCCUGGUCAAGGACAUGAAAAUAAAGUCCCUAGAGGAAAUCUACCUAUUCUCCUUGCCCAUCAAGGAAUCGGAGAUCAUUGACUUUUUCUUGGGGACGUCCCUCAAGGACGAAGUCUUGAAGAUCAUGCCUGUGCAAAAGCGGACAUGUGCUGGCCAGAGGACCCGGUUCAAGGCAUUUGUCGCCAUUGGGGACUACAAUGGACAUGUCGGUCUGGGUGUGAAGUGCUCAAAGGAAGUAGCCACUGCCAUCCGUGGAGCCAUCAUCCUGGCCAAGCUCUCCAUUGUGCCUGUGCAGCGAGGCUACUGGGGAAACAAGAUCGGCAAGCCCCACACCGUACCUUGCAAGGUGACUGGCCGCUGUGGCUCUGUACUGGUGCGCCUCAUCCCUGCCCCCAGGGGUACGGGCAUUGUCUCGGCCCCUGUGCCUAAGAAGUUGCUGAUGAUGGCUAGUAUUGACGACUGCUACACUUCAGCCAGGGGCUGCACUGCCACCCUGGGCAACUUCGCCAAGGCCACCUUUGAUGCCAUCUCUAAGACCUACAGCUAUCUCACCCCAGAUCUCUGGAAAGAGACCGUGUUCACCAAGUCUCCCUAUCAGUGGCCACCACAUAAUUUUAUACAAGAAAAAUAA